AUAAACAAUAUACUGACACCCAAACAGUUCGGAAGUGUAUAAUUUCUAUAGUAGUUUUUUAAAAAUGAACCAACAAGAAAAUAUUUACAGUAAUAUGGAUGAUAUGUCAUUACAAGUUUUUUCACCUACUCGUUCUAUUGAACAAGAAAACCGUACAGUCUUCGCGGAGUACUGCGAGCCAAUUAUGGAUCAACCAACAAAUAAUAAUGCAACAAAUAACAAUAAUAGAAGAGAUGGAGAUUUUCCAGGGCCUAGAAGACCAAUUCCAGUUUCAAUAAUAGAUCAGAAUUCAAGUCUUACAUAUCUAGCACCAGUGAGCGGUUUGGAUUUUCUCAUAGACGUAAAUCAACUCAUCAUCCAGCAAAGCGUAGAAUUAGCAGAUUUAAUAUCAAAUGUAUCAUCCGAGAAUAGGUAUACGGUCAAAGUGCCUAGGGGCGAUACUAUUUAUUAUGCAACAGAAAGUUCGGAAAAUUUCCAAAGGACUUGUUUUGGUUCUGGUCGGUCUUUUAGUAUGAGACUCUAUGAUAGAACGCAACAGGAAGCAAUACAUUUUAAAAGGAGAUUAGCCUGCGGCAAUUGCACAUUUUGGUGUUACUUGCAAAGAAUGGAAAUUUGGGUACCUCCAGGAGAGCUCGUAGGGACAAUAGCCCAAAACUUCUCCAUAUCCAUGAAAUCCAGUUUUAGUGUUUAUAAUAGACACAACGAAAUCGUUUAUGUUAUAGAAGGACCUUCUACUUUCGGAUGUCUAUUGGGGAAAGAUCAAAAUUUUCAAAUAUAUAAUUCUGAUGGCUCGACUCAAAUAGGAAGUAUUAUUCAUCAAUGGGAUCAAGUUCAGGUGUCAUACAAUUUACUAUUGCAAAUGCCCAGUAAUAUAUAUGAGACAAGACACAAAGCUUUAUUAUUAGGAUCUGCUUUUCUAUUGGAAUACAUGUUUUUUGAAAGCUCGAAGAAGAAAACUGGUUGCCGAUGCAUCUGUUGAAGAAAAUAUACGUUAUGUGGUGUUUAUGGAGAUAAUAAUUUUUAAUGUAUAGUAAUAAAACGUUAAAUAUAAGUGUUUAUGAUUCA